AUGGAUAAAGAAAACCACUCAGUGGUGACGGAGUUCAUCUUUAUGGGCGUCACUCAAGACCCUCAGCUGCAGAUCAUCUUCUUUGUGGUCUUCCUCUUGGUCUUCCUGGUCAACAUAGUAGGGAACAUUGGUAUGAUUAUCCUGAUCAUAACAGACACUCACCUUCACACACUGUACUUUUUCCUCUGCAACCUCUCUUUUGUUGACCUGGGCUACUCCUCAGCCAUUGCCCCCAGGAUGUUGGCUGACUUCUUAACAGAGCACAAAGUCAUCUUCUCUAGCUGUGCCACCCAGUUUGCUUUCUUCAUAGGUUUUGUGGAUGCAGAGUGCUAUGUCCUGGCUGCCAUGGCCUAUGACCAUUUCGUGGCCAUCUGCCGAUCCCUCCACUACAGCACUCUCAUGUCCAAGCGAGUCUGCUUGGCUCUCAUGCUGGUCUCUUACCUGGCUGGCCUGGUGAGUUUAGUGGCCCACACUUCCCUCACCUUCAGUUUGAGUUACUGUGGUUCCAAUAUUAUCAACCACUUCUUCUGUGAAAUCCCACCUCUCUUGGCCCUCUCUUGCUCAGACACCUACAUCAGCGAGAUCUUGCUGUUUAGUCUGUGUGGCUUCAUUGAAUUCAGCACCAUCCUCAUCAUCUUCAUCUCCUAUGCUUUCAUCCUCAUCGCAAUCAUCAGAAUGCACUCCGCUGAAGGCCGCCUUAAGGCUUUCUCCACCUGUUGGUCUCACCUUACUGGUGUCACCCUUUUUUAUGGCACAGUCAUGUUUAUGUACCUGAGGCCAACAUCCAGCUACUCCCUGGACCAAGACAAGUGGGCCUCUGUGUUCUACACUGUUAUCAUUCCCAUGCUGAAUCCCUUGAUCUACAGUUUACGGAACAAGGAUGUGAAAGCUGCUUUCAAAAAACUAAUUGGAAAAAAAUGUCAAGAGUAA